AUGGCGCAGGCGGGUGGCACUCGGGGACGGGCUCGUUGUCAGAAAGUCCUCCAAAUUUCUGGGGACCGAAAUCUACGAGCCGCGUCAGCAUGGCAACCACGGCGGCGGCGGCGGCGGCGGUGCCGGAGGUGGCCCUGCGCUCGGGCGACGCGAGGCCGAUGCCGAUGGUCGGCAUGGGCACGGUGCAGUUCCCCCCUGGUGCACGAGGCCACCAAGAACGCCGUGCUGGCGGCCAUCGAGGUGGGGUUCCGCCACUUCGACACGGCCUUCAUGUACGGCACCGAGAAGCCGCUCGGCGAGGCCGUGGCCGAGGCGCUCCGGCGCGGGCUCCUGCAGUCCCGGGAGGAGCUGUUCGUGACGUCCAAGCUGUGGUGCUCGCAGAACCACCCUGACCUCGUGCUGCCGUCCCUCCGGGAUACUCUCAAGAACCUGCAGAUGGAGUACGUGGACCUGUACCUGAUCCACUGGCCGGUGUGCGUCAACGGGCCGCCCAGGUUCCCGAGCAAGAAGGAGGACGCCGUGCCGCUGGACUUCGAGGGCGUGUGGCGCGCCAUGGAGGAGUGCCAGCGGCUGGGCCUCGCCAAGGCGAUCGGCGUGAGCAACUUCACCACCAAGCACCUCGACAGGGUCCUGGCCGUCGCCACGAUCCCGCCCGCGGUGAACCAGGUGGAGCUGAACCCGGCGUGGCAGCAGCGGACGCUGAGGGCGUACUGCGCCGACAGGGGCAUCCACGUCGCGGCGUACUCGCCGCUGGGAGGGCAGAACUGGGACGGGCAGGGCAACGCCGUGCUGGACUCCGUGGUGCUCGCCGAGAUAGCCAAGGCCAGAGGGAAAACCGUCGCGCAGGUGGCAUUGCGAUGGACACAUGAGCAGGGAGUGACGUGCAUCGUCAAGAGCUACAACAAGGAGAGGCUGAAGCAGAACCUUGAGAUAUUCGACUGGGAGCUGACUGAGGAGGACCGGCUCAAGAUCAGCCAGAUCCCGCAGAGGAAGGUAGUCCAGACGAGUAGUGGCUUGUUCUCGGAAGAGGGUGAGUUCACGUCUGUUGAUCCUGCAGAACUGAAUAAUGUAGAGGAAUAG